CGAUGCACAAACAUUGGAACGAAACUCACAUCGCUCCUUCACGGUCACUGCAACAAGCUCGGAUUGAAUUUCAACGAGAAGGUGCAAAUCGUCAAGAGCGCCGGUGACAAGAAGGCCACUGAGUUCACAUACAAACUCCCAUGCAACAAGGCUCAUCACGAUACUGUCAUCAAAUCGUUGAAGGAGACAUGCAAGGAGAAGGACUUGACAGACACAGCCACAAACGAGAAUCAACCGGAUGAGGAUGACUCGAGCUCAAGCUCUGAAAGUGCUGAGAAGAAGCCAGCAACCGCUGCUCCAGCUAAGCCCGCAACAGCUGCUCCAGCUAAGCCAGCAACAGCUGCUCCACCAAAGAAAGUUACAUCGAAAUCAGGCAAGACUGUCAAACCAAGCAAACCCGCUCAAGUUGACUGCGACAAGGACCACCAGAUCAAGGUUGAGAACGAUGGCUCACUCACAGGUACCAUCCGUGUUGGAGGUUGCCAUGCUAGUCGUUUCGCACGUCGUCCUAGCCGAUGCACAAACAUUGGAACGAAACUCACAUCGCUCCUUCACGGUCACUGCAACAAGCUCGGAUUGAAUUUCAACGAGAAGGUGCAAAUCGUCAAGAGCGCCGGUGACAAGAAGGCCACUGAGUUCACAUACAAACUCCCAUGCAACAAGGCUCAUCACGAUACUGUCAUCAAAUCGUUGAAGGAGACAUGCAAGGAGAAGGACUUGACAGAUACAGCCACAAACGAGAAUCAACCGGAUGAGGAUGACUCGAGCUCAAGCUCUGAAAGUGCUGAGAAGAAACCAGCAACCGCUGCUCCAGCUAAGCCCGCAACAGCUGCACCAGCUAAGCCAGCAACAGCUGCACCAGCUAAGCCAACAGCUGCUCCACCAAAGAAAGUCACAAAGAAAUCAGGCAAGACUGUUAAACCAAGCAAACCCGCGCAAGUUGACUGCGACAAGGACCACCAGAUCAAGGUUGAGAACGACGGAUCCCUCACAGGUACCAUCCGUCUCGGAGGCUGCCGUGCAAGUCGUUUCGCUCGUCGCCCUGGUCGAUGCACAAACAUUGGAACGAAACUCACAUCGCUCCUUCACGGUCACUGCAACAAGCUCGGAUUGAAUUUCAACGAGAAGGUGCAAAUCGUCAAGAGCGCCGGUGACAAGAAGGCCACUGAGUUCACAUACAAACUCCCAUGCAACAAGGCUCAUCACGAUACUGUCAUCAAAUCGUUGAAGGAGACAUGCAAGGAGAAGGACUUGACAGACACAGCCACAAACGAGAAUCAACCGGAUGAGGAUGACUCGAGCUCUAGCUCCGAAAGUGUGGAGAAGAAACACAGUACGGCGAAGACAGUAACUGGAAAGAAAGAGACAGGUAAGAAGAAGUCGGCAGCACAGAGCGCUGAUGUGUGCGAUACUGGAUUGUUUUAA